AUGGAUACAGAAGACAUGGGCUUAGGUAAAUUAGGGCAAAUAUUGAAGCAGAUUUGGAGACAAAACCAAAUGUUAAAGCAGGCGCUCCUGGGUGAUAAUCUCUGUGAGGUGGCUGGUGGAGCCACUUGGGUAGCCACAGUAAUCUUUUUGGGUCAAGGGCUCAAUGAAGCCCUUCUUCAACUGUUGGAACACACAGCGGGGACCCUUCAGUCCACCUGCCAGCAGCUGUAUAUAUUACUUGACAAGGAUAAUCAACAUAUCUGGAGACAAGAAAUUAUUGCUUUCAUAGACUGCCUCAUGAGAAUGAAUGAACAUUUGGGGAACACUGCUAUGCUUCUACGGAAAGAAGAAAAGGAGAUGUGUAAUUUAUGCAGCAUGCAUGAGGACCGUACUCCACAGCAGACAAUAUCGGCCAUUCAAGACACCAAAGCAACAGACAUUGCUCCAAGAAGGGAACUAAAUGUCAUGGAAACAGCUACUGUUUCUCCUGCAAAUGCAGGGGAAAGUCAUUACACAAACCAAGUCCAGUUCAAAGAAAAUAAAACUCAGAUAUAUUCUGAAUUAGGGGAAAACGAAAACAAUGCAUCAUUGAGUGGAAAUGUAAUAGGGCAAGAAGAGUCACAGAGCACAGUGUUCCCAGAUAAUGCAGAAAAUGAAGAUGAAAAACAAAUAGAACACAUGACUUCUGAGAACAUAAAUGGCAACAAGGGAGACAUUCAUGAUGUAAUGCAGACAACAGCAAGAGACACUCGAGAGAUCUCAGAAAGCCAAGGAGAAGAGAUUACCACAUCCCCAACAGCAUGGGAUGUCUCCAGUAAGGACGGGAAGAGUCUUCAUAAUGAGUCAGAGAGUCUAAAACAAAAGAAUAUCAUAAUGGAAAAGGAGUAUCUUGACGUGCUGAGUGAUGGAGCUGACCCUCAAGUGUCUUGUUACAUUACCGCCCCAUUUUAUGUCCUGCAGCAGGUUGACUGCCACAUAGUGAGUGGCAUGAGUUCCUUUAUAGUGAGUGAUAACGAAGAGUUGGUCAGCAAUGUCGUCACUGUUGAAUGCUCCGAUAAGGAAAAGAAAAUUCCAUUCCCAAUAUGCAUUGCGAUUCCAUUCAAGGCAAACUAUAAGGGAAAUUACAGAGACAUAAUGGUGAAAAUGUCUGACACAACCUUUCAGUCAAGCUACCUAACUCCAAAUUCACUGGAAGGACUGAGGGGUGGUUAUAAGGGAGCUUGUGCUGCCGUGAACAUUUACAAGUUGGGUAUGUUUUCAGUAGUGUCGUGUUUAAAGAAACAGUCUUUCAUGGUAACAAAAAAAGGGCUCACUCUGAAGUCAACUGUGGAUGCCCGCGUAUCCUUCAGUUAUCCUGCAGGAGUUUUCAGCUCACCAGUGCUUGUACAACUAAAGAUUCAGCCAGUCGAUCCUUCUCUGGUGUCGUAUUUAAAAGCACAUCAAGAUUCUUCCUAUUCAGUACAGUCCACAAGUCCUCUUAUUCACAUCCAGCAUCCAUCCACUCAUCCUUUUCAGAAACCAGUCACAGUGUUCCUGCCGUGUUCCCUUCUCCCUGAAAAAAAGAAUCUUGAGUCUGAACAAGAUCACAGGAGACCAGAGAGUGCCACAAUGCACAGAAGCCUGCCAACACCUUCAUACUUCAACAGGACCAAGAGUGCCGCCCUCAGAAAACCUGGUAACAACACUUGCGAAAAUUUGAAACUGCUAGGAUUCAGAAGCAGAGACAGUGGUUGGUUUGGGAUUGAUGACGUUGUGGUGAGAACUGUCCAAAAUGGCUUGGUGUCUUUUGAAUUAUGUGAACACUUAGAGAGGUUUAUUGUGCUCCACCUGUCUUCCACAGUGGACAAUAGCCACUUGGUUUCUUUUGUGAAGUCUUUAGAGGAAGCCUUCCUCAGCACCACGGCCUGCAUUGUUCUGUCCCACCAGAAGGACAAUCCACACAGAGUGGUUAUUUUAGUGGUACCUUCUAAGGAGUUAAAUCUGGCACUGAAGAACUUGCGCUCGGAAGGGUUUGGAGGACUUCCAGAAUCAUCUAGACAUUUCCAAGUAAGAGAAGGAGAACAACUUCUUUUAAGGUUUACUGGAAACAUAUUUGGCUCAAGCAAUGGGAAGGAUUAUGGGAAAGACUACAAACUCAUUUUCCACCUGCAAAGAAAACCGAGGCUAGAACUCCACAUCAAAGAGGUGGAUGAAUUUGGGAACUAUAGCUGCCCUCAUUAUAAAGGUGCCAUUGUGGUUUAUAAGUUACCCAGAGAGAAGACUGUCCCUAGCUUGGAACAAUCCCUUCAUGAAAAUCUUUACCAGUUGCCAGUUUGCAAAUUACCAUUGAAAUUGCCCAAGCAUGAAAAAGUAAUCAACCGACCACAGAGCACCAAAAGAGUGUCCACAGACCCUCUAGAGGCUCUUUGGGAUAAUUUACUUCACUGGUUGGCAGAGGAGCUCUCGGAAGAAGGUGUCGAGAUCCUCACUGCAUCCCUUCCUCUGCGCCGCAGCACAGUUCAGCUCAUCAAACUCAAGCACCCAGAUGAUCUGACAGAGCAGAUCCAUGACCUGCUUUUCUUCUGGAAACGAUCACUCCCGACUUCCAUGGACAAAAUUCGCCUCCUGGCUCGCCAUCUCCGCAAGCUAGGCCGGGGUGAUCUUGCAGAAGAGCUCAAGUUCAAGUGGGAGCAUAAGGUGUUCACGGAACGUCAGCCCUGGUUGGAUGUGGCUGCCGAUUAA